CUUGGGCCGCGAUGACCGGCGGACCGCGUUUUUUUACCGAACGACAUCAUAUUGUUUCGACGGGUGUUUUUUGAAAAUUAAAAAAUCAAUCAUAUAUUAUACUUGUUUUCUCUGCCGAAAGUGUUAUAAUUAUUAUUUUUUAAAAAUUUAAUUUACACGCGAAUGGACGGUAUUGUAAUUGUUCGCGUUUUGCACUGAACGACUCAAUCGGGUCCAGCCCUCUCGAAAAGUACAUACACGGGAUACACACCAUGGAUUUUCGCAUGACCCAGACUUUUUUCACAUGUUUAAUCAUAUCGUCAACUACAAAUGGCGUGAUAAAUUCCGGUUUAAAUGAUAAUAAAUCACCAAUAAAGAGGGAUGCAAGUUUAGCCGCUCCGUCAGAUUCCUACGGUGCUCCGCCUCCUGGAAUUUCUCAAAGUUACGGACCUCCUUUAGAUACAUAUGGCCCUCCAAAGUCACCAAAGCCAGUGUAUGGUCCUCCAAAACUAAAUUACAAACCACCAAAGUUAGAAUAUGGACCACCGCCAUCACAUUCAUAUGGACCUCCACCUAGUGAUUCAUAUGGAGCACCUCCAAAACCAGAUUUCAGUCCGCCUCCUAGUACAGAUUAUGGGCCACCAAAACCAGACUAUGGAGUUCCACAUCCACCAAAACCAGUGUAUGGACCACCUUCUGGUCCAAGCCCAUCAUAUGGUGUACCUUCUACUUCUUAUGCAAAAGGUCCACCAGGUGUCCCUUCUCCACCAACUCCACCUCAUAUAACGUACCACGGUUGGCAACCUAUUCCCGGACUUUCUAUACCCUAUGGCCAAUCUCCAAAUAAUGGUUAUGGACAAUCAUCAAUAAACACCGCUUAUGGUCCACCUCAAGGAGAAGGAUUAACAGACGAACAUAUAAAUUCAAUUGAUACUUCAUAUGAAGGAUUAUCACCACCAGCAUCAUCCCAUGAUGUGUCUCCUCAUUACUCUUCAGAUAAUCAAGGUCCGUCGUUAAGUAGUUUAUACAAGCCACCACCACCUAUCCCAGACUCCGGAUAUGGACCACCAAGUCCAUCUAGUUCACCUUCUGACUCAUAUGGACCACCACCUAAGGAUUCUUAUGGUCCUCCUCCUAAAGAUUCUUAUGGUCCACCACCAAAAGAUUCUUAUGGUCCUCCUCCUAAAGAUUCUUAUGGACCACCACCAAAAGACUCUUAUGGCCCUCCUUCUAAAGAUUCUUAUGGACCACCUCCAAAAGAUUCAUAUAGACCACCACCUAAAGAUUCAUACGGACCACCAUCAAAACCAUCUUUCCGUCCACCACCCAAGGACUCAUACGGUCCACCACCAACCGGAUCGUAUGGACCUCCACCAAGUGGAUCAUACGGGCCCCCGCCAAGUGGUUCUUAUGGACCACCAUCUAAACCAUCUUUCCUUCCGCCAUCCAAAGACUCAUACGGUCCUCCACCAACCGGAUCGUAUGGCCCUCCACCAAGUGGAUCAUACGGACCUCCAUCCAAAAAUUCAUUUAGGCCACCACCAAAAGAUUCAUAUGGACCACCUCCUAAAGAUUCUUAUGGACCACCGCCUAAAGAUUCUUAUGGUCCUCCACCAAAAGACACAUAUGGACCACCGCCUAAAGAUUCUUAUGGACCUCCUCCUAAAGAUUCUUAUGGACCACCUCCUAAAGAUUCUUAUGGACCGCCACCUAAAGAUUCAUAUGGUCCUCCACCAAAAGACACAUAUGGACCACCGCCUAAAGAUUCUUAUGGACCUCCUCCUAAAGAUUCUUAUGGACCGCCACCUAAAGAUUCAUAUGGUCCACCACCAAAAGAUUCUUAUGGACCGCCAUCUAAAGAUUCAUAUGGACCACCGCCUAAAGAUUCUUAUGGACCUCCUCCUAAAGAUUCAUAUGGUCCACCACCAAAAGAUUCAUAUGGACCACCACCAAAAACUUCUCAUGUGCCACCACCUAAAGAGUCAUAUGGACCACCACUUAAAGAUUCUUAUGGACCACCACCUAAGGAUUCGUAUGGUCCUCCUAAAGAUUCCUAUGGGUUUCCUAAACUUUCUUUUCGACCACCACCUAAAGAAUCAUACGGUCCUCCACCAAGCGGAUCAUAUGGCCCUCCGCCAAGUGGAUCCUAUGGACCACCAUCUAAACCGUCUUUCCGUCCACCACCUAAGGACGCUUAUGGUCCUCCACCUAGCGGAUCUUAUGGUCCUCCUCCAAGUGGAACAUAUGGCCCUCCCCCUAAAGAAUCUUAUGGACCACCGUCGAAACCAGUUUUCCGCCCGCCACCUCCUAAGGACUCAUAUGGGCCUCCGCCAAAGGAAUCUUAUGGAACCCCACCGAAGGAAUUCUACGGACCACCAAGUGUAUCUUACGGUCCUCCCCCAAGUGAUUCCUAUGGAGCACCACCUAACCCUUCUUAUUCAACACCACCAAAGGAUAUAUCGUGUAGUGAACAAACUUCUUACAAUGGUUUACCACCAGAAGGAACUUUUGGUACACCUAUAGCCGGUUGUUGUGGUACACCACCUCCUGAUCUUGCAUCACAAAAACCUGUGGGUCAUUCUUAUGGUUUAACAUACGGACAAUCAUCUGGAAGACAAACACCAAGCCCUAAUCUUAACCCAAAAAGUCCAGUACACCAUGGACAACCAGUACCACCUGGCUUAGUAGAAUCUACACAAUAUAAUGAUUUUAAAGGACAAUCAUAUAUACCUCCUCCACUUCCAGAAAUAUCAUCAACUGGAGUUGAUGCUUAUGCAGCACCUUCAGGCUCUCCAUCUUACAAUGGGCUUAAUACCGAUGUAAUAAUAAAUAAGCCAGCAGAAUAUGGCCAAUCAGCACCACAAAUCCCAGUUGAAUCUGGUAACGCCGCUCAACAAUAUAAUCCAUCAUUUACACCAACUGCACCAAUUGUUGGAGAUUAUAGUCAAGGGUUCACCGCUCCACCUCCUGAAUCUUAUCAGUUAACACAAUCUGUAAAUAUUGGAGCUAAACAGCCUAAUGAUUAUGGACAAUCUAACCAACAGUAUACACCACCUGUCGAUCACUUUGGCGUGCCGUUGCAACAGUUUGACAUUAAUGAACAAAUUGAUGACCAAAAAAGUAAUCCACAACAAAGAGAUGUGGGUUCCAACUAUCAGCAGUCCAUAAACAAUAAUUACAAUCAACAACCAGAUGGAGUAGAUGUCAAUGAUAUAGUAAAGUCUUUGGGCUUAGAGGGGUCUUCGGUGGUAGGAUCAAAAUCGGUAGAUUUCAACGGUAUUCAAGAAUACCCAGUUCAAGGAAACACCGGUAGCUAUACGCUUCAAAUUCAACCGGGACAGCGUGGCGGUGAAGCCGUUGCCCACGACCAAGUGCUUUCUAACGGUUUAUUACAAGACAUAUUGUCGGCCAUAGAAAAUCAACAGAAGUCUGAAAACUCUUAUGAUAAUCAGCCGCAGGGGUCGGAGAUACAAGUGGAGACAUUAGCUGCGAACUCUAGUGCGGUGAAACCAGAAAACUACACCAAUCAGAAAAGUGACAUGGCGCUGUUUUUCAACACGGGAUACGGUAAGGUGUCGGCACCUAACAACGAAACGGAAUCGUUGCCUCGAGACAUAAACCAUUUGAGCGUGAACGAGGUGUCGAACGGAAAUUUUGUCUUAUACAAGUCGCCAAAGGUGAAUUAUGUGUACGGUGACUCAACUCCCCAAGUUGUAUCUCAGACAUAUACUCAACAAUCGACUCCCAAGACUGAUGAAAGCUCAACUAGCUCGUUGACGAGCGAAGGAGUGUAAUAAAUUAAUAAUGUAUACUAAAGCUAUUAUUACUGUGUCUAUAUGGAAUAUUCUACUUUUAGUUGCGUUCAGAACAAGAAUUCCAAAUUGUCUAUAGGUAAACGUGUCAAUACUUUAUGUCGAUAAAGCUGUUGGCAAUGUACUUUAUACACGAUUCACUUAUCACGAGUUUGAAACAAAAACAUCGUGUUAAAUAUUUUAUUUCCAAUCGUGAACUAUACUUUUUUUUUUAUCUAAAAGUGAGAGUAUACCCAAAUAAUAUGCAUAUAAGGUAAGACGGAUAAAAAUGUACAUUAUAACACAAUUAAAUAAUAUACUGGGAGUGCUGCUGGACGUGAGAAAUGUAUUUUCGAAAGCGUUUUUUUUUUGUUUGUUCUGAACGCAACUGAUAAAAAACACAUUCACAAUGUAAAAAUGAUUUUGUUAACCAAAGAAUUUGGAAUGUUUGUAUGAUUAGAACUUUUAAAGUAACGAAGCACGCAAUUGCCAAUAUAACGUGCCAUACAUGAUAAUUGUUGUUGUGACUACAAUAUUUGAAAACAUUAAGAGAGAAUUUAAUUUAAUUUUAGAACAUUAUUAGAACGCAUUUAUUUCAGCAUAUACUUAUUCUUUUCAUUUAUUUAAAUAGUUUUCGUUUUUGUUUUAAAAUAUUAUUUUCAAACACGUCAAAACAUUAACCUUAAUAACUAUAAUAGUUAUCUGCUUAUCUCUAAUACGAGUACUGCUGUGUUUAUAAUUUAGUUUUUUAAUAUUUAUGUUAAACAAUUGUAAAUAAAUAAAUGUAAGAAAUGUAUACUAUUUUAUAUAGAUAAAACUAUAAACUAUGUGUUAUUGAUUUUUGCAUACACAUAAACAAAUAUAUAUCCUUGUUUCUAUCAACUGGCGUGAGUUGUGUGUUGUGUAAAUCAUAGUUCAUGGAAUAGAAAUCAAAUACGUUGUGCUGAAGAUAUUUAAAUUUAUAGCGUUCAAAUGAACGGGUAUUAUUAGCGUUGUUGCACACACAUGUUGUCGCUGUGUACACAAACUAAGCUGGUGUCCAAACACAGCAAGAAACACAAUUUACGGUAUCUGCUCGCGUACCGUGUUUGUUCGGUAACAAAAAUGAUAAACCCUCGCUAAGUCAAUGAACUGGAAUAUUAUUAUCUGCGGAGGAGUUACAUAUACUCUAACACUUGGAUUCGUUAAAAUAAUUCUAGGAAGUUUUAUCAGUACCGAACAAACGGGCCGAAGUUAAACCGAUAGAGAAAGUCAAAGUACGACCUUUUUAUACCGUUAGAACUGUUGCCAGUGUUGAGAGCACGUUAUACCCAUAACUUUCUAGUGUAAAAACUGAAUGCGUUUUAUUCGGGCCACGAUGGUUUUAUUAGAGCGAGAACAUCAAUGAUAAAAAUGACAAUAUUUCUUUUUUAGUAAAAAAGUUAUCGAAAUCAAGCUAAACAUUUAAUAAAAAAAAAGAAAAUGUAUUUGCCUCUUAAAUGUUAUUAUCUUUGGGUUAUGGAAUAGGUGUUUUUAGUCUAAACCCACCACGGACCGAGUUAGGUUAGGUAGGACAAUUCUACAUUUCAAUAUAAUAUAAAUCUUUUGUCAGUUAUGUCUUUAUAAUAUAGUGUAGUCUAUGAAAAAU